UUCACAAGCCCGAUGCACACUCUACACGCAGGCCACUCUGACCUCUGACCCCGUGUUCCAUGUGGCAGGAGGGCCCCCGCCCCGGGCCAGGCCCCAGGUCAUGGCUGCUGGCUGUCUGUGGCGGAAGUCCUUGCGGCACAGUGGCCGCGGGGUGGCAGGUGAGGACACCCUGGUCUCUGUGCCUAGGUCGGUGCAGGAUGGCAGCCAGGGCAGCCGGGAGAAGCUGGAGCUGGUGCUGUCCAAUCUGCAGGCUGACGUGCUGGAGCUGCUGCUGGAGUUUGUCUACACAGGCUCGCUGGUCAUCGACUCUGCCAAUGCCAAGACUCUGCUGGAGGCAGCCAGCAAGUUCCAGUUCCACACCUUCUGCAAAGUCUGUGUGUCCUUUCUUGAGAAGCAGCUGACCGCCAGCAACUGCCUGGGUGUACUGGCCAUGGCAGAGGCCAUGCAGUGCAGCGAGCUCUACCACAUGGCCAAGGCCUUCGCGCUGCAGAUCUUCCCUGAGGUGGCAGCCCAGGAAGAGAUUCUCAGCAUCUCCAAGGAUGACUUCAUCGCCUAUGUCUCCAAUGACAGCCUCAACACCAAGGCCGAGGAACUGGUGUAUGAGACAGUCAUCAAGUGGAUCAAGAAGGAUCCUGCAUCACGUGCCCAGUAUGCAGCUGAGCUCUUGGCAGUUGUCCGUCUCCCCUUCAUCCACCCAAGCUACCUGCUCAAUGUGGUGGACAACGAGGAGCUAAUCAAAUCAUCGGAAGCAUGUCGGGACCUAGUCAAUGAGGCCAAACGCUACCACAUGCUGCCCCACGCCCGCCAGGAGAUGCAAACACCCCGAACCCGGCCCCGCCUCUCAGCAGGUGUGGCUGAGGUCAUCGUUUUGGUUGGGGGCCGUCAGAUGGUGGGGAUGACCCAGCGCUCACUGGUGGCUGUCACCUGCUGGAACCCACAGAACAACAAGUGGUACCCCCUGGCCUCGCUGCCUUUUUAUGACCGCGAGUUCUUCAGUGUAGUGAGUGCGGGGGACAACAUCUACCUCUCAGGUGGGAUGGAAUCAGGGGUGACGCUGGCUGAUGUCUGGUGCUACAUGUCCCUGCUCGAUAACUGGAACCUGGUCUCCAGAAUGACGGUCCCACGCUGUCGGCAUAACAGCCUUGUCUAUGAUGGGAAGAUUUACACCCUUGGAGGACUUGGUGUAUCAGGCAACGUGGACCAUGUGGAGAGGUAUGACACAAUCACCAACCAAUGGGAGGCAGUGGCUCCUCUGCCCAAGGCAGUGCACUCUGCAGCAGCCACCGUGUGUGGUGGCAAGAUCUAUGUGUUUGGUGGGGUAAACGAGGCAGGCCGAGCUGCAGGCGUCCUUCAGUCCUAUGUGCCACAGAACAACACUUGGAGCUUCAUCGAGUCUCCAAUGAUCGACAACAAGUAUGCACCUGCAGUCACCCUCAAUGGCUUCGUGUUCAUCCUGGGUGGGGCUUAUGCCAGAGCCACAACCAUCUAUGACCCAGACAAAGGCAACAUCAAGGCGGGCCCCAACAUGAACCAUUCUCGCCAGUUCUGCAGUGCUGUGGUGCUCGAUGGCAAGAUUUAUGCAACUGGAGGCAUCGUGAGCAGUGAGGGGCCCGCCCUGGGCAACAUGGAGGCCUAUGAGCCUGCAACCAACACAUGGACCCUCCUACCCCACAUGCCCUGCCCUGUGUUCAGACAUGGCUGCGUGGUGAUAAAGAAAUAUAUUCAAAGUGGUUGACAUCAGCAGAAAGCCCAUGACAAGACUGUGGAUGAGUCUGGUGAGGCAAAUGCUGUACACAAUGAUAAUUUUUCAGCAACACCAAUAAAAGGCCCACAAAACACAAUCAAGGAACUCACUGCGCUAAACAUUUUGAAUAUUCUCUACAUUGAAUGUAGAAAAUCAUCCUCGCCUUUGGGUGAAACGGGCACAGUGUCUGGGCAGCAGGAACCUGGACAUGUGUUAAGCCAGGCCUGGCUGGCUCCUGCAGAGGCAUUUGCUCUGGACAGGGGCACUCACUCUGCCUGGUGCAAUAUUUCACAUAUUUUUCAACUGGGAGAGAGAAGCUGUUUUUCCCUUCCUGCAGAGCAAGCUUGAUCCCUAAAACACCAUAGAUCACUUAUCCUAUGACAAUGUUAGGCGUCAGGCUCUUUUGGAAUAAGAUCAAAGUGUCCUUAACACUUUGAGUCCUACGUUUGUUUUUUAACCAAUCUACACUUUCAAGUGGCUGAGAGAAAAUGAGGGACAGGAUUGUGCAGCAUCAGGCCUAGGAGGCUACUGGUCCCCACCGGGAUGGACAGAAGCGAAGUCCAGCCGCCUGCACAGGGCCAGGGCGGCAGCUGCAGGGACUGCUGAGGACAGCCAUCUGUCCUUCAUGGGUUUUUCUACCAUGUUUUUGCUGGAGAAGGACAAGGUGGUUGUGCUAGCUUUCUCUUAUCCAAUAUGAAUUAUUUAGAUUUCCAAGGCAUUUUCUUGAUAAACAAAAGGCUAUUUUUAAGUACUGAGAGGAGGCCACAAGAGGGAUGACGUUGUGGGAAUUCCCAAAGCUCUUUGUAGGUAGUGCCAGAAGAGCGCAUUUGCUCUCAUUUUUCUAUGUGUAGAAUAGAGGAUCUCUCCUGGGGUGGGCCAUGCCCCCACUUUAUUUUUGGAAAAAGUAACUCCCAGCCAGCCCCAUAAAGACAGUGCCUCAUGGAGGCAUUGUCAGAGGAAGAAGGGUCACAGGUCUAGGGCACAGUUCUGGCUGCCGACACCAAUCCAGCUCCCUCCAUGAGGUAAAGCUGAGGACCCAGGCCCGGGGAAGGGACUGAGGGAGGGAGGGAGGGAACAGAAAUGUCUACAAAGCACAGGAGACUAUUUUUGAUAUUUAUAGCUAUAUAUUAAGGCACCUGCCACAAGAGCUCUCGGGAUGGGGACAACCUUUUUAGACGAGCCAUGACAGCCAAGGCCUGAGGUUUGGAUAUGAGCAGAAUCAAUCUUCUUGUCACAUACUAACCUGAGCAAAGGGAAGCCAGGAGGCAAAAAGGCUCAAAAGAGAAAGGCCUCCCACUAGUCCUUAGACCCUCAAACCUCACCCAGUCAUCAGUUUCCAUUCCAGGGCAGGAAGAAGGCCAUCACCACCGUGCUGUUUGGUUGAAGAUGGUACCAAAUACACAUUUAAUCAUUUUUCUAUCUGGGAAGUCAGCUUGUCAUCACUUCAUGAUAAGAACCAUUUAUAAGGAGAAGGACAGGACCACUUUCCAUCUUUCAGUAUUUGAUGACACAAAAUUCCAAUUCUAAUCUCGGGCAUCAACUUCUAGUAAUUACAAGUGUGGCUCCCACUUGGACAAGAUACCGAGCUUCGUUAUGCAGUUUUUAAUAUUAUUUAUUAUUUUAAGAAGUAAUAAGCACAAAACUACAUACAUUGUAUGUCAUUUAAAGUAUUUAUGUCAAACAGGGUGCAAGUGUGAACCCAAGGACUGGAGCACAAAUUUCUAACUGCCUGGGGCAGGGCGAAUGUGAGCAUUGGUGUGCAUCUGCCUCCAAGGGAGGUGUUAGUGGUCACCAGGACUCCACGCGGAUGACACUGAAAUUCCGUUUCUCUCCUCACCGAUCACACUGGAGCAAAACUGGCUAUUUCUGUGAAUGAUAUAAAACAGGGUUCUCUGUAAUGGUAUUGUAUAUAGUAUAUGUUUAUUGUUAAGUUCUUGUUAUAUUAUAAUAAAUAUAUUUAU